AUGGCUUCCGUUGCUUCUAAGCUGUAUUCAGACGAUGUUAGUCUUCUAGUUUUGUUGCUUGACACGAAUCCUUUUUUCUGGAGCUCUACAUCGAUUAAGUUCUCUCAAUUCCUCUCUCAUGUGUUUGCGUUUCUGAAUGCGGUUUUGGGCUUAAAUCAAUUGAACCAAGUUGUAGUCAUAGCUACUGGAUACAGUUCUUGUGAUUACAUUUACGAUUCGUCUUCGACAUCGAAUCAUGGGAGUUUGGAGAGCAGUAGAAUUGGAUUGCCUGCUCUUUUUGGUUCGUUAAUAGAGAAAUUGGAAGAUUUUAUUACCAAAGAUGAAGAGCUUAUCAAGGAAGAGGAGGUUGAGGAUAGAAUAGCUUCUUCUCUCUUGUCAGGAUCACUCUCCAUGGCUCUCUGCUAUAUACAGAGGGUUUUCCGCUCUGGAAAUAUUCAUCCCCAGCCUCGGAUUUUAUGCUUGCAAGGUUCCCCAGAUGGCCCAGAACAAUAUGUAGCUGUUAUGAAUUCUAUCUUCUCUGCACAACGCUUAAUGGUUCCCAUUGAUUCCUGUUACAUAGGUGCACAGAACUCAGCAUUUUUGCAGCAGGCAUCUUAUAUAACCGGCGGCGUACAUCAUACGCCUAAGCAAUUGGAUGGCCUGUUUCAGUAUCUAACGACCAUCUUUGCAACUGAUUUACACUCCCGCAGUUUUGUACAACUUCCUAAACCCGUAGGUGUUGAUUUUCGCGCAUCGUGUUUUUGCCACAAGAAGACUAUCGAUAUGGGCUACAUAUGUUCAGUGUGUCUGUCCAUUUUCUGUGCCCAUCACAAGAAAUGUUCGACUUGCGGGUCUGUUUUUGGUCAGUCCAAACUCGAUGAUGCUUCGCCUGUCUCUAAUAAGAAGAGAAAAGCUCCUGAGACUUAA